CGUAGUGUCUCCAACGUACUUUCAAUUUAACACACAAACCUCCACCAACGAUCAGAACCACACCCAACAGCUCACACACAUACUUCAUUCCCACGCAUAUCCUCACUCACAGCCAAACCCACACCUAUACCCAAACCCAAGAUCACACCGUAUCGCAUAUCGACCGAAAAAGUCCAAUAAAUAGCGAACUCGAAAGUCAGAGCCACAGCGGCAUCAACAUCCACACCCAGACCCACGACUGGCUACCUCAAUAGCCAUAGCCUCAGGCUCGCCCACGCCUGGCGACACUCACAGCCGCGGCUAAAUGUACAAUCAUGCGCUUUUACACUAACAUGAGCACUCGACCAGCCCACCAUCCAAACCCACCGGCAAAAUCCGCAGCCACUACCGAAGCCACACCCACACCCACACCCUCAAGAUUGUAAGAUAUUUGCCUCCUGCUUGACGAAUAUUUAAGCCAGUCUGUUUAUUGUGUGUUGAAGAUUGGGGUAAGACAUCAAAAUCAAUGUGUCAUUGUCGAUUUCAUCAGGACAAACAACUUGGAUUACAAGGACACGUAUUCUGAAUCGAAAAUAGAUAUACGAGUGUGGAUGUCAAUUCUGAAAAUGAGGUUUCCGCUUUCUACCUAAUCAGACAUGUCCUUGUAUUAUAGAUAUGCAAAGUACAUUAAGAGGGUCGGAUGGAAUGCUUCAAAUUCCUUGCCGGUUUUGCCUUAAACCGAUCAAUGCAUUCUAUUUGAAGGAACAUCAGGUAUUGAUACAUGACGAAAGACUAGUAAAAAUAAUUCAUUUUUUUCAUCAUCCCACAGAAAAUAUGUAUAAAGAACGAAAGCUGGCGCGGGCAUCUAGUUCCGUAAGUUGAUUCUCUCGAAUUCGUUCAAAUAGAACUAUUACUCAAUUCAGACGUAGCAGCCGAUUUUUGAAUGGCACAGCGCACUGCGCUUUUUGUGGUCGACUCCAACUGCUGGAAGAUCUCGCUCUGCAUGAGGUUUUGCUUUUUUUCUAAAUUUGGUUUCUCAAUCUCUCUUUCGAUUUGGCUGUCUAGUAUGAAUGCUCUCACAGAGGAAAAAUACGACGACGACUUUAUCGGCCACUUUCCUCUUUGAGUCUUCCACGAGCUUCUUCCUUGCUUUCGACAGAUUACUUUUGGGAUACUUUUGAUCAUCCAACUCAGUGCAUGAUUUGUAAUAAAUGGGUUCCUCUCGAUGACUAUAUUAAUCAUCUGGUGAGAGCUUUCGACAGUUGUAUACUUUGAGUUCCUCAUCAACUUUUUCCAUUAGGAAAUAUGUCGCAAAGUAGAAGAAUGGCGAAACAAUGAAGAAAUACGGUUAGUAAAUCGUCUUUCAUUCCGUCAUAAAUUCGAACCGUGAACAUAUCUUCGCUAGACGCAGUCAUGACUACGCCUAUUAUCCACUUACCUACUGCAGAUACUGUUCUGUACUCUAUUCAUGGGAAAAUAUUGCUGAUCAUGAGGUGAUUAAUAUGCAGUGUGACGCUUUUUAAAAUUUCUAACGCCCUUAUUCUUUACUAGAUAUUGUGUUAUCAACUAAAAGAACAACGACGACGACGACGACGACGACGAGAAGGAUUAAGGUGUCCUGCAUUUGUUCAAUUAACAACAUAA